UAACUUGAACCGGAAUUAUCGAUACCGGUCCUAAUAUGUCUAAAAUCCAGAUUCCUGAAUAUGAUUCAGUUUCCCUGAGUCCGCGUAAGAACCAAUCACAUAAAUCCCUUCGAUUCGCUACUUUAAACAACUACAAAAUAUCUCCCGUCGAGGGUUUGCGUCUCUCCAUCUUCAUCGGAUCGAUCUUCGCAGCAUCUGCAGUAACAUAUACACAAAAAUAUGACUGGGGAAAGAGCAUUACAUCCAGAUUGCAGAAAUUCUUCAAACCCAUACCAUGAAUGUAGUGAAUUUUGCUACAAAGUUAUCGCUGAAGCCAAGAAACUUGCUAGUAUAAGUGAACCAGCUGGCUUGCAAGCUGCUCAACCAACAUCUGUUCAAACUAAGGUUCUUGAUAAUGACCAAAGUGACCCUGAUGAUAAUCCAAGUGAUGAUGACAACAAUGCCCCUGAUGAUCAACCCCAAGUGGACUUCACUAAGCUUACAGGGAAACAAAAGAAAUUAUUCGAAUUAAGGCUAAAGAUGAAUGAGGCAAGGAAAGCCAAUCAAACUGCCAUGGUGGCAGAAAAGAAAAGAAUGGAAGCUCCACAAGAAUCCAGAGGAAUUUCCAAACAAAAGUGGAUUGAAGAGAGGAAGAAAAAGAUUGGAAAACUUCUUGAUUCAAAUGGAUUAGAUAUGUCAAAAGCAUACAUGUUAGAUACACAACAAAUGGCAGAAACAAAGUACAAAAAAUGGGAGAAAGAUCCUGCUCCAGCUGGCUGGGAUGUGUUUAAUCAGAAAACUUUAUAUGAUGCAUACAAGAAACGGACUAAAAAAAUGGAUGUUGAUCUUGAAGAAUACAAUAAAAUGAAAGAAGCAGAUCCAGAAUUCUAUCGUGAAGCUUCAAGUCUACAAUAUGGAAAGGCACCGAAAGUUUCAGAAGAUAAGAUUGAAAGAAUGGUGAAGGAGUUGAAGGAUAGAGAUGAGAAGAAGAACACAUUUAGUAGAAGAAGAAGGUUUCAUGAAGAGAAGGAUAUUGACUCCAUUAAUGAUAGAAAUGAGCAUUUUAAUAAGAAGAUUGAACGUGCUUUUGGAAGAUAUACACUUGAGAUCAAGAACAAUCUUGAGAGAGGAACUGCUUUACCUGAUUAAAAUGUGGUUUGAAUAUUGUUUUGAUAUGUAACAAUACGUAAAAUUGCUCACUUUGUUUUGUGUGUUUCAUCUGGUUUUGGAUUUAGUUUGAACAAGCUUUAAUGAAUUUAAAAUUUAGUGACAUGUGAUUUUUCCU